AUGGCUUCUGUUCUUUCAUCAUUUUUUUCGCGUGAUCCAAAGGCAAAUUUUCCUUACGAAUUGCCAACCGAAACGUUUUUUCAAAAAGAUGGCUGCUCAAUGGGCAAUUCUUUCAAAAAAUCUGAACCAACGGAAAUAUGUACAUGUUUCUGGUCGCAAAACCAACCACCUGCAGUUUCUUCUUUGAAAAUUCAAGCUCAGAAAUUGAAAACUUUACGACAUCCCAAUGUUUUAUUAUUUUUGGAUAGUUUAGAAAUUGAAAAUAAUUUUUACUUGAUUACUGAAUCGUGUGUGCCUCUUAGUCUUUAUAUAGAGCAAACUUCAUUCAAGGGAUCACAGAAAGAAUACGUAUCUUCAUGGGGAUUGUUCCAGUUGAUGAAUUGCUUGAAAUUCCUUCACAAUGAAGCCAAGUUAAGUCAUGAAAAUCUACGUUAUUCCGUUUAUGUAACCAAAUCAGGCGACUGGAAAAUAAGUGGAUUUGAUUAUGCUGUGCCAUUUAGUAAUCCUCAGAAAGAUUUGAACAGUUUGGCGCUUAUAAUGUGGGAAGUUUUCAAUGGUUUUUCAAAUCCUGUAAUGAAACCACAAUCUCCUGGUAAAAUGCCAAAAAAAUUGCAUGAUCUUUACAAAAAAAUGGCCUCAUCUCAUGCAGCUCGAUUAAUCGUUGAAGAUCUUAUAGUUGAUAACCGUAGAGGAAAUGGAUUUCUUAAAAAUGCUUUUGUGGAUACACUGUUAUUUUUGGAUGAAUUCCAAUUGAAAGAUGCACAUGAUAAACAGAAUUUUUUUUCAAAGCUGCAAAAUGAACUCGAUUUGUUUCCUUCCGAUGUUUCCAAAUACAAAAUCCUGCCGAAAUUAAUUUAUAAUUAUGAAUAUGGUGAUGCAGGUUCGCAUAUACUUGUUCCUUUAUUCAGACUUGGUCGUCUUUUGGAUGAAGAUGAAUAUCAGCGCCGUAUAGUUCCCUGCCUAUGUAAAUUAUUCAGUUCACCAGAUCGAGCAACUCGUGUCAAACUACUUGAGAAAAUUGAUGAAUUUGCUUCCCAUUUGAAAACGGAAGUUGUAAAUGAAAGAAUAUUUGGGAAUCUUGCAUCAGGUUUCAUGGACACUAAUCCAGUAGUUCGCGAAAAUACUGUUAAAGCUAUGGUUUCUAUAGCAGAUAAAUUAAAUUAUCACAAUUUAAAUACGGAAUUGAUGAGACAUUUAGCUCGUUUGCAAGGGAGUGAUGUUGAAGCAGGAAUUCGAACAAAUACGACAAUAUGUCUGAGUAAAAUAAGCUGUUAUAUUGAUCCUUCGCAACGGCAACGCAUACUGAUAAGUGCCUUUACGAGAGCGAUGAAAGAUCCAUUUCCUCCAUCUCGUAUGGCUGCAGUUCUUGCAUUUAGUGCAACACAGCAAUUUUAUUCCUUAAUAGAAGUAGCAAAUAAAAUUGUUCCUGCCUUGGCUCCUUUAACUUGUGAUCCUGAAAAGCAGGUACGUGAUCAAGCCUUCAAAGCUUUACAUGGAUUUAUUGAUAAACUGGAGAAAGCGAGUGAGAAUCCAGAAUCAAUUGCUGAACUGGAAGCUCAAGUUAAAGCAGGUGGUGUCGGUUCCAUAUUAAGUAGUGACAAGGUUCCGCAAUGGGCAAGUUGGGCUCUAAAAUCGCUUUCUGACAAAUUUUAUAAAAAAACCUCUUCACAAUCCGCAGCUAUGAAAGUUGUUGAAAGCGAUAACAUUUCAAAAGGAAAACCAGAUACUGAAAGUCUUUCAGUGGCGAAAACGGAACAAAAUAUUUCUUCUAGUAACACUGGCGGUUGGGGUGAUUUGGAAGAUGAACAGAGUGGCAACGAAAAUUGGGAGGACGCUAACGAAGGAAAGAAUAUGAAUGAUGAUGAUGACUGGAGCACAUGCUGGGAAAAGGUAUUUGGAUAUUCAAUGAUCCAAAUGCGACCAGAAGUAAAAACUUUAAAAAAAUUAUCUGAAUUAUUUCCAGAAAUGCAUAACCGUAUUUUAGAAGAAGAAGAAGAUAUCGACGCUUUGUUAGAUGGUAAAAAGACAACAAUGACAACUCAAAACUUGGCAAAACAUACGAGCAAAAUAAAAGAUUCUGUAAAAAAUGGUUGGGAUGACGAUUCAUGGUCGAAUUUAUAUGAAGAUGAAGGUAAAGUGGAAGAAUUUUUUAUUCCAUAUUUUUUCAAUGUUAAUCAUAGCUUCACUGGCCAUAGCUUUUUAGUAGUUACAGGAUAG